GUGCAGAAGUUCAUUCUGGACUGGGCUGAAGGAAAAGCAAAUCAGGAUGUCCAAUUUGUAUUUUCAUUCCCUUUUCGGGAGCUGAAUUUGAUGAAAGGUGAAAAUCUCACUUUCAUUGAACUUCUCAAUCACUUCUCAAUGGAAACCAAUCAAUCAAGAAUCUCUAACUACAACAACUACAAAGUUCUGUUCAUCUUUGAUGGUCUGGAUGAGUGCCGACUGCCCCUAAACUUCCAGAAGAACAAGAUCUGUUGGGACGUCACAGAGUCAACCUCAGUGGAUGUUCUGCUGACAAAUCUGAUCAAGGGAAAUCUGCUUCCCUCUGCUCUCCUCUGGAUAACUACCCGACCUGCAGCAGCCAAUAAGAUCCCUUCAGGGUGUGUUGACCAGGUGACAGAGGUACGAGGGUUCAAUGACCCACAGAAGGAGGAGUACUUCAGGAAGAGAUUCAGUGAUGAGGACCUGGCCAGCAGAAUCAUCUCACACAUAAAGACAUCAAGGAGCCUCCACAUCAUGUGCCACAUUCCAGUCUUCUGUUGGAUUUCUGCAACAGUCCUUGAACACAUGCUGAAACAUAAGAGAGAAGAGAUGCCCAAGACUCUGACUGAGAUGUACACACACCUUGUGGUGUUUCAUACCAAACAGAAGAAUGAAAAGUAUCUUGGGAAAGAAGAGACAGGUCCACACUGGAUUAAAGAGAGCAUUCUGUCACUGGGAAAACUGGCUUUUCAACAGCUUGUGAAUGGCAAUCUGAUUUUCUAUGAAGAAGACCUGAAAGAGUCUGGCAUUGAUGUCAAUGAAGCCUCAGUGUACUCAGGAUUGUGUACACAGCUCUUUAAAGAGGAAUGUGUGCUGUACCAGGACAAGGUGUACUGCUUCGUGCAUCUGAGCAUUCAGGAGUUUCUGGCUGCUGUAUAUGUGUUCCUCUCAUUCAUCAACAACAAUGAGAAUGUAAUGGACAAACUGCAAGCAAAGUCCAUUAUCUUUUCUCUGCUGUUCAAUGACAAUCCUGAAGUUGCUUUCUACAAGAGUGCUGUGGAUAAAGCCUUACAAAGUGAGACGGGAAACCUGGACCUUUUCCUCCGCUUCCUUCUGGGCCUCUCACUGGAGUCCAAUCAGAAGCACUUACAAGGUCUACUGACAAAGACAAGAACCAGCUCACAGAGCCAUGAAGAAACAGUCAAGUACAUCAAGGAGAAGAUCGGGGAGGAUCUCUCUCCAGAGAGGAGCAUCAAUCUGUUCCACUGUCUGAAUGAACUGAAUGACCAUUCUCUAGUGGAGGAGAUCCAAAGAUACCUGAGAUCAGGAAGUCUCUCAAAACCCAACCUGUCACCUGCACAGUGGUCAGCUCUGGUCUUUGUGUUGCUGACUUCAGAAAAGGAGCUGGAUGUGUUUGACCUGAAGAAAUACUCCAGAUCAGAGGAAGGUCUUCUGAGGCUGCUGCCAGUGGUCAAAGCCUCCAGAGCUGUUCUGCUGUCAGGCUGUGGAGUCACAGAGGAAGGCUGUGCUUCUCUGGUCUCAGCUCUGGAGUCAAACCCUUCACACCUGAGAGAGCUGGACCUGAGUAUCAAUGACCUGAAGGAUUCAGGAGUGAAGCUGCUCUCUGAUGGACUGGGGAAUCCCCACUGUAAACUGGGGACUCUGAGGCUGUCAGGCUGUCUAGUCACAGAGGAAGGCUGUGCUUCUCUGGUCUCAGCUCUGAGGUCAAACCCCUCACACCUGAGAGAGGUGGAUCUGAGUAACAAUGACCUGAAGGAUUCAGGAGUGAAGCUGCUCUCUGAUGGACUGGGGAAUCCCCACUGUAAACUGGAGACUCUGAGGCUGUCAGGCUGUCUAGUCACAGAGGAAGGCUGUGCUUCUCUGGUCUCAGCUCUGAGGUCAAACCCCUCACACCUGAGAGAGCUGGACCUGAGCUACAAUCACCCAGGAGACUCAGGAGUCAGACUGCUCUCUGCUGGACUGGAGGAUCCACACUGCAGACUGGAGAAACUCAAUGUGGAACAUGGUGGAGAGAACAGAAUGAAACCUGGACUUAGAAAAUAUGUCUGUGAUCUCACACUGGACCCAAACACAGUAGACAGACUCCUCUCUCUGUCUGAGGAGAACAGAAAGGUGACAUGUAGGACAGAGGAGCAGCCGUAUCCUGAUCACCCAGAGAGAUUUGAGGACUGGGGACAGGUGCUGUGUAGAGAGGGUCUGACUGGGCGCUGUUACUGGGAGGUAGAAUGGAGUGGGGGAGGGGCUGAAAUAGGAGUGACAUAUAAAGCAAUCAGCAGGAGAGGAAUGGGUAGGGACUGUUGGCUUGGAUGGAAUGACAAGUCCUGGAGUCUGUUCUGCUCUGACAACAGUUACAGAGCCUGGCACAAUAAUAAUUCCACUACCAUAGACGUCCCCUCCUCCAGCUCCCACAGAGUAGGAGUGUAUCUGGACUGGCCAGCCGGCACUCUGUCCUUCUAUAGAGCCUCCUCUGGCACACUGACCCACCUGAUCACAUUCACCUCCACAUUCACUGAGCCCCUCUAUCCAGGGUUUAGGGUUUAUGAUGUUGACUCCUCAGUGUCGCUGAAAUAAUAACCUGUCAGACACACUGAACAAACACACACACUGAACACACACACACACACUGAACACACACACACACACUGAACACACACACACACUGGACAAACACACACACACACUGGACAAACACACACACACACACUGGACAAACACACACACACACACUGGACAAACACACACACACUGGACUCACAAACACACACACACUGGACUCACAAACACACACACAAUUGGACACACACUGGACACACACACACUGGACUCACAAACACACACACACACACACUGGACUCACAAACACACACACACACACUGGACUCACAAACACACACUGGACUCACACACACACUGGACUCAUACACGCACACAUAGACUGGACUCACAUACACACACACACUGGACAAAAACACACACACACUGGACAAAAACACACACACACUGGACAAACACACACAAACACACAUUGGAUGAACAAAAAAUACACAGACACACGCUGGACACAAACACACACGCGAGAGACACACACACACACACAAUUGGACACACACUGGACACACACACACACACUGAACACACACACACUGAACACACACCCACACACAGGACUCACAAACACACACACACACACACUGGACAAAAACACACACACACACUGGACAAACACACACACACACUGGACAAACACACACACAUACAUGCUGGACACACACACACACACACACACACACACACUGGACCCAAACACAGUAAACAGACUCCUCUCUCUGUCUGAGGAGAACAGAAAGGUGACAUGUAGGACAGAGGAGCAGCCGUAUCCUGAUCACCCAGAGAGAUUUGAGGACUGUGGACAGGUGCUGUGUAGAGAGGGUCUGACUGGGCGCUGUUACUGGGAGGUAGAGUGGAGUGGGAGGGGGGCUGUUAUAGGAGUUACAUAUAAAGGAAUCAGCAGGAGAGGAGGGGGUGAGGACUGUUAUCUUGGAGCCAAUGACAAGUCCUGGAGACUGGACACACACACAGACUGGGCAAAGACACACACACACACUGGACAAACACACAUUCACACUGGACAAACAAAAACACGCACACUGGACAAACUCUCUCACACACACACACACACAUGCGCAUCUUCCUAUAGUUGUGACCUUGACCUCUUACUGUUUUUUUUGAUUGCUUAAGCACGAUUUUCAAAACAGGGCCCGUGUUUUCAAAACACUACACACAAUUAGCACAACCACACACCCAAUUAGCAAAACACUACAGAUCCUUUGCUAAAUUAAACACUCUUGUAAAAACUAUACACUUCUUUUUAAAAACGACACUUUGUUACCCUAUGAAACACACACGUUUCACAUUACUGUACUCUGUUUGCACGAGUUACACUCUGCUGUGAUAAACCUACAACACUUUUAGCACUUCUACUUCCCUAUGAUUAGAGUAGGCUACUAUCAACAAAGUACAAAUAUAAUGUAAUGCUGUAACCAAACGUCACUUUACGUAUUGUAAGUUUAAAGAAAACAAAAAAAAACAACUACACAUUGUCUCUUUGCCGAGCUGGAUCUGGCCAGAGAAUUUCAUCAACAUCGCAGGCAAUGUUGUCAUUAGCAAGACACCUUGGAAAGAAACGUCUUGAAUGACGAAUCCAUCCUUGCAUUGCUGCUACCUCCAUCUGGUCACAGGCCUCCUCCAUGGCUUGGAUGAGGGGUACCUCAGCCUGGAGACGGAGAUCAUAUACCUUCCAGCGCCAUGCCGAGAAAAACUCUUCUAUAGGGUUGAGGAAUGGAGAGUAUGGUGGAAGAUAUAGGACGGUGGUGAAAUGUGGAUGUUGCUGAAACCAGUUCUGAACCAGAGCAGAGCGGUGGAAAGACACAUUGUCCCAGACAACAAUGUAUUGCAUAUGAUCGAUUUGAUUUGCUGCUGUUAUGUUGUGCAAUUGGUCCAAGAAUGUAAGUAUGAGUGCUGUGUUGUAAGGGCCCAUAUGGGCAUGGCGGUGGAGGACCCCAUUCUGUGUAAUGGCUGCACAGAGUGUUAUAUUACCCCCACGUUGCCCUGGGACAUUGACUAAAGCCCUGUGGCCAAUGAUGUUUCUUCCCCUCCUUCGUGUUCUCGUCAGGUUGAACCUCAUCUACGUAAAUUAACUCUCCAUCCAUUCGUAAAAACAGUGUGGUGUAGAUCUAGUAUACAUAUUACAGUACAGUAAAAGAUAAUGAGACAGUAUGCAAGAUCACACUGCUAAAGUGAACACACACCUCUGCAUAAUCAUGCCGCAGUCGUUUCACCCUUUCGGAAAGGCGCUCGAUAAAUUUGCUUCAUUUGAAUAUGUUGUUUUUUUUCGGAUGCGUGGCAGUGUUGAUGUUGAGACCUGAUGGAUAUCGUUGAAAAUGGCGUGGUUAUUGACAAUGUUAGCUUGAAGCUGCUAGAGUGUUAUAGCAUUGUUGGCCAAAACCAUGUUUACUAUCUCCCUCUCUUGCUGUUCUGUGAAUAUAGGAGGCCUUCCCCUUGUCGUUCCUGACCCUCAAUCCUAUGUAAAAAAAACAGUAUACAAUAGUACAGUAAUUUCACAGGAAAAGGUAACAGAAGUGCAUAGAAUACAGUAGUGUAAGCAGUUACUGAAACCGUGCAGAUGUUUUUGAUAUGAUGAUAUUUUUACAAUACCUAUUUUCCAGUCAAUGUUCUCAUCACACUUGCCACUGUAUAUCGGCUUAGAUUUGGCUGUACUCGCAGUCCAGCCUCCCUCAGCGUCAGGCCGUGGUUGACAACGUGGUCAACCAGUGUUGCGUGGAUCUCAUUUGUCAGAUUCGGUUCUCUUUGAGCACCUUCUUGUCUUCCUCUUCCUCCCCUUCCUCUUCCUCCUCAUCCUCCUCCUCCUCGUCGUCCUCUCCCCUCAUCUUACUCUUUCUCUGACUCUUUCCAUUUUGCUUGAAGACCGACUAACUCACCUGCUACUUUUUAAAAGUGCUUAUACACCUGAUUGGUGUGUCUACAAUUAAGCAAAUGUGUGUUUGCACACCUGAUGACUGUGUUGAACGGAGUGGUAAUUUGACAGUCAGUGCUUUGGUAUUGCGAGGACAUGACUUCAUGAUAGAUUUUUGUGUGUAAUGUAUGUUAAGUGUGUUUAGUGUUUUGCAAAUCACUGUGUGUAGAGUUUUGCAACAAGUGUGAGGUUGACAAUGUGCUUAUAGUUGUGCUAAUAUGGACUGAUGUUUUGCUUCUUGAGUGUAAGGUUUUGCUAAUAGUGUACUACUUUUGAUUUGAGUGUGUAAGCAAUCCAAAAAAACUGUAAAAUAACACUGUUAAAAUACCAAUGUGAUAAUUUGUUGUCCUCUUUGGGUACAGCCCCAUCCACCUCUCCCUGCCUCAUACAACUAGGCUGCUGCUGUCAGAGAGGUCGUAAAUUCCUGAGGAGAGGAUCUCACAGUACAGAGACAGAGUGAGUUUUCAUAGAGAACAAAGGAAUUUCUUCUUCUUCUGAACAACAUUUACGUUCUGGAGAAAGUAUAAAACAUCGGUGAAGAAUCCAGCUACCAACUGGUCCGUUUGUUACAACUGGUCCGUACUUACAACUGGUCCGUUUGGUAUAACUGGUCCGUUUGGUACAACUGGUCCGUUUGGUACAACUGGUCCGUUUGUUACAACUGGUCUGAAUGGUACAACUGGUCCGUUUGGUACAACUGGUCCGUUUGGUACAACUUGUCCGAAUGGUACAACUGGUCUGUUUGGUACAACUGGUCCGUUUGGUACAACUGGUCCGUUUGGUACAACUGGUCCGUUUGGUACAACUGGUCCGUUUGGUACAACUGGUCCGUUUGGUACAACUGGGAAGCUCAUGGGAGACGGUGUGGCCGCUUCACCAUAAUGCUGUUUAUAUAAUAGCCUCAGAUAUGAGGUUUACAUCUAAUUGUUGUAUAAGAUGAUGAGUGAUGAUGGUACUCUUUGUAAAAUUGUGUAAUGUGAUUUUUGAAUGAAGGAAUUCCCUUUUGAGUUUAACUAGAACAGACGACCGCCCAUGAGCCCAGGUCACGCAUCCUGGGACAGGCCCUUUUUUGCAACUCCUGAAUAAAUUCCCAACUUUUAGAAAGUCUCAACAGAUCAUGUUUCUCUCAAUCACGAGAGGUUGCAGACCAGGGUGGCAGGUAGCCUAGUGGUUAGAGUGUAGAGGUGGCAGGGUAGCCUAGUGGUUAGAGUGUAGAGGUGGCAGGGUAGCCUAGUGGUUAGACUGUAGAGGUGGCAGGGUAGCCUUAUGGUUAGAGUGUAGAGGUGGCAGGGUAGCCUAGUGGUUAGAGUGUAGAGGUGGCAGGGUAGCCUAGUGGUUAGAGUGUAGAGGUGGCAGGGUAGCCUAGUGGUUAGAGUGUAGAGGUGGCAGGGUAGCCUAGUGGUUAGAGUGUAGAGGUGGCAGGGUAGCCUUAUGGUUAGAGAGUAGAGGUGGCAGGGUAGCCUAGUGGUUAGAGUGUAGAGGUGGCAGGGUAGCCUAGUGGUUAGAGUGUAGAGGUGGCAGGGUAGCCUAGUGGUUAGAGUGUAGAGGUGGCAGGUAGCCUAGUGGUUAGAGUGUAGAGGUGGCAGGGUAGCCUAGUGGUUAGAAUGUAGAGGAGGCAGGUAGCCUAGUGGUUAGAGUGUAGAGGUAGCAGGGUAGCCUAGUGGUUAGAAUGUAGAGGAGGCAGGUAGCCUAGUGGUUAGAGUGUAGAGGUAGCAGGGUAGCCUAGUGGUUAGAAUGUAGAGGAGGCAGGUAGCCUAGUGGUUAGAGUGUAGAGGUGGCAGGGUAGCCUAGUGGUUAGAAUGUAGAGGAGGCAGGUAGCCUAGUGGUUAGAGUGUAGAGGUAGCAGGGUAGCCUAGUGGUUAGAAUGUAGAGGAGGCAGGUAGCCUAGUGGUUAGAGUGUAGAGGUGGCAGGGUAGCCUAGUGGUUAGAGUGUAGAGGCGGCAGGGUAGCCUAGUGGUUAGAGUGUAGAGAUGGCAGGGUAGCCUAGUGGUUAGAGUGUAGAGGCGGCAGGGUAGCCUAGUGGUUAGAAUGUAGAGGAGGCAGGGUAGCCUAGUGGUUAGAAUGUAGAGGAGGCAGGGUAGCCUAGUGGUUAGAAUGUAGAGGCGGCAGGGUAGCCUAGUGGUUAGAAUGUAGAGGAGGCAGGGUAGCCUAGUGGUUAGAGAGUAGAGGUGGCAGGGUAGCCUAGUGGUUAGAAUGUAGAGGAGGCAGGUAGCCUAGUGGUUAGAGUGUAGAGGUGGCAGGGUAGCCUAGUGGUUAGAAUGUAGAGGAGGCAGGGUAGCCUAGUGGUUAGAAUGUAGAGGCGGCAGGGUAGCCUAGUGGUUAGAGUGUAGAGGUGGCAGGGUAGCCUAGUGGUUAGAGUCUAUAGGUGGCAGGGUAGCCUAGUGGUUAGAGUGUAGAGAUGGCAGGGUAGCCUAGUGGUUAGAAUGUAGAGGAGGCAGGUAGCCUAGUGGUUAGAGUGUAGAGGUGGCAGGGUAGCCUAGUGGUUAGAGUGUAGAGGCGGCAGGGUAGCCUAGUGGUUAGAGUGUAGAGAUGGCAGGGUAGCCUAGUGGUUAGAGUGUAGAGGCGGCAGGGUAGCCUAGUGGUUAGAAUGUAGAGGAGGCAGGGUAGCCUAGUGGUUAGAAUGUAGAGGAGGCAGGGUAGCCUAGUGGUUAGAAUGUAGAGGCGGCAGGGUAGCCUAGUGGUUAGAAUGUAGAGGAGGCAGGGUAGCCUAGUGGUUAGAGAGUAGAGGUGGCAGGGUAGCCUAGUGGUUAGAAUGUAGAGGAGGCAGGUAGCCUAGUGGUUAGAGUGUAGAGGUGGCAGGGUAGCCUAGUGGUUAGAAUGUAGAGGAGGCAGGGUAGCCUAGUGGUUAGAAUGUAGAGGCGGCAGGGUAGCCUAUUGGUUAGAGUGUAGAGGUGGCAGGGUAGCCUAGUGGUUAGAGUCUAUAGGUGGCAGGGUAGCCUAGUGGUUAGAGUGUAGAGAUGGCAGGGUAGCCUAGUGGUUAGAAUGUAGAGGAGGCAGGUAGCCUAGUGGUUAGAGUGUAGAGGUGGCAGGGUAGCCUAGUGGUUAGAGAGUAGAGGUGGCAGGGUAGCCUAGUGGUUAGAGUGUAGAGGUGGCAGUGUAGCCUAGUGGUUAGAGUGUAGAGGUGGCAAGGUAGCCUAGUGGUUAGAGUGUAGAGGUGGCAGGGUAGCCUAGUGGUUAGAGUGUAGAGGUGGCAGGGUAGCCUAGUGGUUAGAGUGUAGAGGUGGCAGGUAGCCUAGUGUUUAGAGUAUAGAGGUGGCAGGGUAGCCUAAUGGUUAGACUGUUGAGGUGGCAGGUAGCCUAGUGGUUAGAGUGUAGAGGCGGCAGGGUAGCCUAGUGGUUAGAGUGUAGAGGUGGCAGGGUAGCGUACUGGUUAGUACAGAGGAGGCAGGGUAGCCUAGUGGUUAGAGUGUAGAGGCUGCAGGUAGCCUAGUGGUUAGAGUGUAGAGGCGGCAGGGUAGCCUAGUGGUUAGAGUGUAGAGGUGGCAGGGUAGCCUAGUGGUUAGAGUGUAGAGGAGGCAGGGUAGCCUAGUGGUUAGAGUGUAGAGGCAGCAGGGUAGCCUAGUGGUUAGAGUGUAGAGGAGGCAGGGUAGCCUAGUGGUUAGAGUGUAGAGGCAGCAGGGUAGCCUAGUGGUUAGAGUGUAGAGGUGGCAGGGUAGCCUAGUGGUUAGAGUGUAGAGGCGGCAGGGUAGCCUAGUGGUUAGAGUGUAGAGGUGGCAGGGUAGCCUAAUGGUUAGACUGUUGAGGUGGCAGGUAGCCUAGUGGUUAGAGUGUAGAGGCGGCAGGGUAGCCUAGUGGUUAGAGUGUAGAGGUGGCAGGGUAGCGUACUGGUUAGUACAGAGGAGGCAGGGUAGCCUAGUGGUUAGAGUGUAGAGGCUGCAGGUAGCCUAGUGGUUAGAGUGUAGAGGCGGCAGGGUAGCCUAGUGGUUAGAGUGUAGAGGUGGCAGGGUAGCCUAGUGGUUAGAGUGUAGAGGAGGCAGGGUAGCCUAGUGGUUAGAGUGUAGAGGCAGCAGGGUAGCCUAGUGGUUAGAGUGUAGAGGAGGCAGGGUAGCCUAGUGGUUAGAGUGUAGAGGCAGCAGGGUAGCCUAGUGGUUAGAGUGUAGAGGCUGCAGGUAGCCUAGUGGUUAGAGUGUAGAGGCGGCAGGGUAGCCUAGUGGUUAGAGUGUAGAGGUGGCAGGGUAGCCUAGUGGUUAGAGUGUAGAGGAGGCAGGGUAGCCUAGUGGUUAGAGCGUUGGACUAGUAACUGGAAGGUUGCAAGUUCAAACCCCCUAGCUGACAAGGUACAAAUCUGUCGUUCUGCGCCCUGAACAGGCAGUUAACUGUUCCUAGGCCAUCAUUGAAAAGAAAAAUUUGUUCUUAACUGACUUGCCUGGUUAAAUAAAGGUAAAAUAAAAAAAAUGUUACUGAAUCUUUUAACCAUACCACGUGAUUGAACUCUUAGACUAUCGAUACCGACAGAAUAAGAACAAGUAUUUGAUUUUAAUUGCUAGUCUGCAGCUAGGAAUUCGGGAACAUUGAACGGAAAGAACGACAAGCGCCGACACAUCUAUCCUAUAAUGAAAUUAAUGAAUGUCACUCUGAAGAAUCCACUCUAACCACAACAGAGAGAGAGAGGACAGAAACUGUCCAACAGAAACUAACAUUUCAGCAGAGAUCCCAACGACACACUGAGCGUAAAUAUAUAUAUAUUGAUUGCAAUUGUUCCCGAAUGAGUGAGCGUUCAUGUUUAAAGCAUUUUAAUUGUUAUGAUUAUUAACUCUGUCAUUUCCCCUUUGUCUAACCAGCUGCCGGUUCAGCACAUUCCUUCAUUUCUUGUAACCAUAUUGACUUUGUUUAUUUGUUUAUGCAUUUCUGUGAAUUACUUAGUUGGUAAAUAAAUUGUUUAAGACAAUUGAUGUAUAGAUGACUCAUAGUGAAGACUGGGUUCGUGCAGAUAACCAACAAUUUAUGACGUUUGGAUUGAGACUAACGUGAGGUAAAGUAAAUAAUUAAUUAAUCAGAAGACUAUGGAUCAGAUAUGAAAAUAUCUGAAAGGUUAUAUUCGGAAAUUAUAACUUUGUGAUCUGAAUAUUUUCCUUGGUGCCCCGACUUCUUAGUUAAUUACAGUUACAUGAUUAAUCAGUUUAAUCGAGAUAAUACUAAUUACAGAGAAUCUUUGAUAAAAAAGUUUUCAUUUAAUAAUAGUAAAGGCAAAACAACACCGUUAAAAUAACAAUGUGAUCGUUUGUUGUCUUUUAAGUUGAAAAACAAAUUGUGCCAUUAUACAUGGACAUAUGCUCCAUAGUUGUAAAAGUGAUACAUUGUACUUUUCAUAAUAAAACAGACUUGAAACAAGAAAA